AUGUCGCUGGAAGAGUUGGAUGAUAUGCGUUUGCGCUUCGUCUUCGACUUCCUCCAGGCCAUGACAGAUAUGAAGCCGGAAAAGCUGUUGAAGGUGAAGGAGGACACAGUCACAAUGGACAAGAUUUUCGAGUUUUUCGAGAAUCAAGAGGAACAGCUGAUGAUGAUCAUCCUCCCGCCCAGUGGGCAGAUGGAAGUUUAUAACAAAUUUCCGGCCGUAAUGAAAAGCAAGGGUUAUUAUUUUGUCAAGGCCCAACCAGCUAGCUUCGAAAAGAAUAUCGAUAUGAAUCAGUUAAAAUCUGGGAUUAUCUACGGAGAUUUACACAAGUCACCCAUUCAUCAUUUUAUAGCCUUCGUCAACUCAGUGCUAGCUCCAUUCAUUUUGAACGAUAAGAGCCGCGAGGAUUGGCCAGAAUCGCUGAACGACUACAUCAAACGGGACCUCUACAAUCUGCAAAAAAAGUCUGAAUUUGUCCUGGCAAAAAUGGAAGGUCGGACGCAUCUGGCUCAUCCGGUUAAGCUAGACAAGUUGGCGGAGGGUCAAAAUCCCGUCACCGUAAAAGGUGAAGACGCAAUAGGCAGUAUGCUGUGCUCAAUCGAGAUGACAGUAGUUGACUGGAACAAACAAAUCAACGAGUGCUUGGAACAGAGUUCAGAAACGUCAGUUCCAAGUGGUCAGUUGCCACUGCCAUCCCAUGAGUUCGAUUUUUGGAAUCAGAGGACCAACAGUUUAUAUAACAUUUACGACCAACUGGUGCAUCCACAGGUUAAGAAGAUGGCCAUCAUUUUGGAGGAGAACGGAUCCGCCUACACCACUCUCUUUCGAAAUCUGUUCAAGAAGGUUGUUCGAGGCGUUGUUGAAGCAGAAACGAUAGUGAUAUUCCUCACCCCCCUGAUGAAGUACCUUGAUGAAUUGGAGGCUUUGAGCUUUGAAGAGUGUAAACCAAACAUCCAG